CACUUCACCGGACCGGAGCAAGAAGAUAGACCUUCAGAGGAGGAAAGAAGGAAGCAAGGCCGACGACGAUGCGGGCGAGCUGCAACGGCUGCCGGGUGCUGCGCAAGGGCUGCGCCGACGACUGCACCAUCCGCCCCUGCCUGGCCUGGAUCCGGAGCCCCGACGCGCAGGCCAACGCCACCGUCUUCCUCGCCAAGUUCUACGGCCGCGCGGGGCUCAUCAACCUGCUCGCCGCCGCCCCCGACGACGCCCGGCGCCCGGCGCUCUUCCGCUCGCUGCUCUACGAGGCGUGCGGCCGCGCGGCCAGCCCCGUCUACGGCGCCUCCGGCCUCUUCUCGACCGGGAACUGGGAGGCCUGCCAGGCCGCCGUCCAGGCCGUGCUCGAGGGCCGCCGCAUCCCCCAGGUCGCCGCCGACCAGGCCGCCCCGCACCCCGGCCUCCUGGCGGCCUACGGCGUCCGCCGUAUCCCCAAGGACGGCAUCGACCGCGCGUCCGCCGCGCUCCGCGUCUCGCCCGCUGGCCGCGCCAGCUUCAAGCGCGCGUCCUCCUCCUCCUCUUCGGCGGCCAGGUCCAAGCGCGACGGUGGCCACGAGGAGGCGUCGGCCGGCAGCAGCCACGACCACGGUGUUGAAGACGACGGCAAGGCGCUGGCAGCCGAGCAGAAGAGGGGACAGUCGUCGUCGUCGGAGGCCGAGGCGGGCUCGCACGUGAGCCAGGCAGAGCAGAGCGCGAGCGCCACUGUGCCGCAGGUGGCAGAGGACGACGGCGAAAUUGAUCUGGAGCUGACCCUCGGGUUCGGGCCGGCCACGCGCGUGCUGAGGUCGCCGCCGGCGCGCUUCGAGGCCAGCAGCUUGAGCGCCGAGUCCGGCCACAUCGGCCUGCUGCUUGGGCUGCCGGUGUGAGACAAGAGAAGAGACCCGGCGACAGUGCCGUCCUUCGUACUGCUAGCUGAGAGAGAAGAGAGAGAGAGACAAAAAUGGCAGUUUUUUUGGGAUCAUCGUUCGUGUCAUACUGACACCUUUGGAAUAGAGAUAUCGAAGAGAAGAAUAUUGUGUAGUGCCUAUAUAAAACCUGUACAAAUUAAAUUAAAUCAAGAAACCUUUUUGUC